AUGGAUGAUAGCUUCUAUGCCCUACAGGCUGUGCUUGAGAGGCAUAGUAUCCCCGAGUUUCCGACGCUUCUGCCUAACGAGUUGAGAAGCGAUGAGGUUGUAAAAUACCUGCAGCCACUGUAUGCAGAUGUGAUUGCCGAGGUGGCCAGCAACAAUGACAUGCUUCCGCUUCUUGCAUCAUUUACCACAGUUCCUGAGGAGCUGGACAUCAAUGAAGUGGAGACACUGCUAGCUGGGCAUAGGCCUGCCAAGGGCGACUUCUUUGCACCUGAAGCACACUGCUCAGCAUCUUCUACUCCAGUGAAGAGCGAGUAUCCAGGAUUCUCAACGGCUGCUGGCGCAAAGAUCGCCAGGAAAGAUCAAAAAGGCAAAGAGGACGUCGAUAACGAAUCAAACAUCGAAAGCUACAUACUUGACAGAAUCAGAAACGAAAUACUCGAAGCGGCUGUAAACGUUGCCUGGGAUGACAUAAUAGGCCUGGAAAACGUAAAAAAAGCAAUUAAUGAAAUAGUACUGUGGCCAAUGCUACGCCCAGACUUGUUUACAGGGCUUAGAGGCCCGCCAAGGGGAUUGCUUUUGUUUGGGCCGCCAGGAACAGGAAAAACAAUGAUAGGAAAGUGCAUUGCAAGCCAGUGCAAGGCAACAUUCUUUUCGAUCAGUGCGUCAUCGCUUACAUCGAAAUGGGUUGGAGAGGGUGAGAAGAUGGUAAGAGCAUUGUUCUACCUUGCAAGGACAAUGCAACCGUCCGUGGUGUUUAUCGACGAGAUAGACUCACUGCUGUCUCAGAGAUCAGACAACGAGAACGAGGGCAGCAGAAGAAUAAAAACCGAGUUUCUUGUGCAGUUUGAUGGUGCAUCAACCUCUGGAAACGACAGAAUACUGGUAAUCGGUGCAACAAACAGGCCGCAUGAGAUAGACGAGGCUGCAAGACGAAGGCUGGUCAAGAGAAUAUACGUUCCACUACCUGAGCCUCUAGGCAGAAGAAAAAUGGUGGAGCAUCUGAUCAGGGAAUAUAACAACAUCCUUGGCGAUGCAGAUAUGGACAAGAUUGCACAAAUAACCGAAGGAUACUCUGGAUCAGACAUAUUUAAUUUGUGCAGAGAAGCAUCACUGGAGCCUCUGAGGGAAAUCGAUGACAUAAAUGACUUCAAGAGUGACGACACAAGGCCUAUCAAUCUGGAGGACUUCAGAAAGGCAACGAGGCAGAUCAGAAAAAGUGUCUCAGAAGGAGAUCUAGAGACAUAUCUUGACUGGAACUCAAAGUUUGGCUCUGUGCCCUAA